UUUUAAUGAGAUUUUCUUAUUGAAACUUUUUGAACACAUUUUAAAAUACAAUAAAUUUUUAAUAAAAUAUCCUUGAUUAGGAUGUUGAAAAACAGUAGCAGUAUAUAUUGUAUACUGCUACUAGACUCAUAAUUUAAAUAGGAUACAUUUAAUUACUUAAUUACAAUUUUUACAUAUAUGUAAAAUAAGUAUAAAAAAACUGUAUACUUUGUGAUCAAUUCUCUUGUAUUUUUUAGUAUAGAAAAUAAUAUUAAAUAUGGCUAGUCCAGGAUAUGUUGGAAAAGCUAAUGGAAGAAGAAGUUUUUAUUUGUUGGGGUACCCUCUCCAAAUAUUUUCUCCAAAUAGACUUCCAACCGGUGGGGCAGUUUGUCGAAGAAUUUACUGGAUUAAUCGGACUCAUGCAACUGCAAUCAAAACAUUGUCAUCCAAAAUUGAAUGUCCUCUAGCGAGUACAGGCAAGCUUAAAUGCAGUGGUGGUAUGUGUUAUGCUGAUAACAGAAACGAAAUAUCGUUUCUGUUAUCAGCAUAACACAUACAAAAAAUGUUAUUAUAAAUAAUAACGAAAUGUUAUUAUUUUUAUGUUCACUUGACUUUCUUCUGGGAGUACUUGAAGUACCCUCCUCCAAAGAAAAAGAUCAAGCACUGGCUAUCCAAAGUCUUGAUGAAUAUUAUGACUUAACAAACCAGAUCAUAGCUUGUUGUACUGACACAACUCGCUCGAACACUGGAAAGCAUAAUGGUGCAAUUAGAAACAUCGCUGUUUAUUCUCUACCUUGUCCAAUUCUUUGGCUAAUGUGCAAGAACCAUAUAAAUGAACGACAUAUUCGUCAUGUUAUGGUGGAACUACAGGGAGAAACAAGAGGAUCCAGUCGAUCCUUAUACAAGAAACAUCAAGAUUUAUGGCCUAAGAUUGAAAAAGGUGUGAAUACAUUGGCCAACAUUGAGAAACUUGAUUGAAACAGACCUGAGUUUGCUUUUGGAACCCUCUUUUACAAUCUUGCAAAUGAAACCAUGGAGUUCUGCACAACAUCUCUUAAAACAAAUAUUUUUGACAGAGGUGAUUAUAAGCAUUUAUGUCAACUGGUAGCUAUUACCUCGGAGCAGAUUUAUUGAACUUCAGGUUUCUACAAACCGGUGCACAUCAUGAAGCAAGAUUUAUGGCUGAUUCAUUAUAUCUGUUAGCAAUGCAAAUGACCAAGAAUUACAACAAGCAACUCAGUAUCAAUGAGAUUAAAAUGAUACAAGAUGCAACAGAUUAUAUAGUGAUCUUUCGCUGUUUAUUCUUCCUGAAGAGCCCAAUGGCAGCUCAGGCUCCAUCCAAUGACCUUAGAGCAUUCAAGAAUUUAUCACAGAAUAUGAUAGAUCCACUUUACUCCAAAAAGUAUGGAAAAAUUGGCAAAGCUCUUAAUCUUAGUAUUCUCAGACACACUUGGUAUUUUACACCACAGUGUGUUAUCUUUACUUUAGCCGACCAGCGCUUAAAAGAGAAAGAGACGAUGGAUAUUCUUGUGGAAUUGUUAAAAUAUGAUGUUUUAGAGGUGAACACUUUUGACAAAGAACGACCAGAACCUUUUACACAAGUUUUCCCCCUCUUAAAACUAUCACACUUUGUUUCUCAGGAGUCUUACCUCUUUUUUUUCCAUCUUAGUAUAACCAAAGAUGACAUUCUUGCAUGGAAAGAAGAAGGCAUGUCAAAUUUGGAGAGAAAUCUCAACAAUAGAUCUUUUAAGACAUUUAUGUCCAGUGUACAUCAGUUAGCAGUUGUUAAUGACAGGGCUGAAAGACACAUCAAAUUGAUACAGGAUUACAUUGGCAGGACACAUUCCGAAGACAGGCUUCAAGACACAAUGAUAGUGGUUUUAGACAACCGGCGGAAGGUGUCUAAACAUGCCACUAAACAAGACUUAAAUAAUGUAUAAAUAAAAAAAACACUUUAUGGCUGUAUUAAUGUUUUUAAAAUAUAUUUUUUCUAACAAAAGUUUAAUAAUUUUUGCACAAAUUUUUUUUUGUAUUCCAUUUUGUAUUUUAUUUUAAAAAACAUUUCAAAACAAUGCAAUUUUAAUAAAGAAUAAAUUAGUUAUGCAUUUUUUUCAAAGUUGCAGUAACUAUAGCAGUCAGAAUUAAUGCAAUGGAUGAUUAAUAU